ACGAAAUAAAAGUUAGAUCCAGUCUUGAGAGCUGAGUCUAGCUAGAUCUAAUCAUCUAGAUCUAGAAUCUAGUGACUCUAGUCUAUAAUCUAUACUAUAGUGACUAGAAAUAGGAACCUUAUUAAUCUAUGAUCUACAGCCGAAAGUUACAGGUAGCAAAAAUAAAUGGUGAUGCUAGUAGAUCUAGGACUUAGGACUAGAUUCUAGAUCUAGCCUACAGGAUACUACAGCCCUACAGUCUACAGUUAAGGUGAAAGUUUAUAUGCCUGCUCUUGAACAUGGAUAGUGGGGAUGCACAGAAAACCACACCCAACUUGUCUGAUUACACAAGUCUAACAGAACCUUUAAAAACAAUACCUGGUUUGCCUGAUUAUGGAUGGCGUGUUCCUUUAUCAUACGAGUGCAAUAUUAAAUGCAAACCUUUUUCCAAGCCACGCUUGAAUCUCAUUCCUCAAUAUGUUUCCCUUGGUGUCAGGUACUUUGGAUUUUGGCUAAAGAAGAAACGCCAAGGACGGAGGCCAUUUAUAGAUCAUCUGAAUCAAACUAGACACAUGCCAAUUUAUGGCUGUCCUAUUGGAGGCAUUGGCAGUGGUUCCAUAGGUAGAGGUUACAGAGGUGAAUUUUGUAGAUUUCAAAUGGUACCAGGAAUCUACCAUUAUUCUACAGUUGAUGCAGACCAAUUUAUAGUAUGUAUUCGAAAAAAUUCAGAGACCAAAUAUAUCAAAGUUCUCAGCUGUGCAGGAAGAAGGAAAAAGAAUAGGCUGAAAGCUUGGGACUGGUCUUUCCCUCCAGAAAAUGGAGUAUAUCAUGCUUUGUAUCCCCGUGCCUGGAGCAUUUUCAACAUUCCAGAAUUGAUGGUGACUUUAAAAUGUCGCCAGGUGUCUCCAGUCAUCCCUCAUGAUUAUGUGGAGACAACUUUACCAACUGCUGCUUUUAUAUGGGAAAUUGAAAAUAACAGCAGUGAAGAUUUAGAUGUCAGCAUCACGUUUACAUUUAAGAAUGGCCAAGGAACCAAAGAAGAUAGGGAUGGUGGUGUGUGGUCGGAAGGAUUUAGAUGUGAUUGUGAUGGAGACAAUGAAGCCAAAGGAGUUCUCAUACAUCAGCACUUUAACGGAUUGAAGUGUUCUUAUGGGAUAGCAGCUAAAGCAACUGAAAAAGUAUCUGUCAGUGUCAAGAACAGAUUUAAUCCUCAACAAGAUGGUUCUGAUCUAUGGAUACCAUUGAAAAAUAAUGGUCAUUUAGAUUAUGACUUUAUUACAGCUCCUACGCCUCCGACUAGCAAAGGAGAGGAACUUGCAAGUGCAGUGUGUGCCAACCUACAAGUAAUGAAGAAUUCUAGAAGUCACUGUGAGUUCUCACUAUGCUGGGACAUGCCAAAAGUUCAAUUUGCAUCCAAAGAAAAUGUGUAUACCAAGAGAUAUUGUCAGAAAUUUUCCAACCAAGGAUCCGCUGCAGAAAUUUGUAGCUAUGCCUUGAAAAACUAUCCAAAGUGGGAAGCUAAGAUUGAAAAGUGGCAGAAGCCUAUAUUGGAGAGCAAUUUAUUGCCUACCUGGUACAAGUCUGCCAUCUUCAAUGAACUGUAUUUCAUUAGUGAUGGAGGGACAGUAUGGUUUGAUGUUACAGAUUCACAACAUGAGACUGUGAACAAAUAUGGCAGGUUCGCUUACUUAGAAGGUCAAGAAUACCGUAUGUUUAAUACUUAUGAUGUCCAUCAUUACUCAUCAUUUGCAUUGCUGAUGCUUUGGCCCAAACUGCAGCUUUCCUUGCAAUAUGAUUUUGGAGACACAAUAACAGCUGAAGACAGCCAGGUUGUGACGUUCCUAAUGUCUGGAGAGCGUGGAAUAAGGAAAGUGGCUAACUGUGUACCUCAUGAUAUUGGGGAUCCUGAGGAUGAACCUUGGAAAAGGGUUAAUGCCUAUAACAUCCAUCCCACCCAUGACUGGAAAGAUCUGAAUCUGAAGUUUGUGCUUCAAGUUUACAGAGACUAUAGUUCAUUGGAGGAUAAAAAAUAUCUAGAAACCAUGUAUCCAAAGUGUAAAGUUCUAAUGGAAACUUCUAGAAAGUGGGACGUAGAUGGUGAUGGUAUCAUUGACAACAGUGGCUAUGCUGAUCAAACUUUUGAUGCUUGGAAAAUGAAAGGUGCUAGUGCAUAUUGUGGUGGACUUUGGUUAGCAGCCUUGAGAAUGAUGGUUUCCAUGGCUGAGGAACUGGAUAAACAAGAAGAUAAAGCUGACUAUCAAGCUUUGCUUAGCAGAGGAGCUGAAUCUUUUCAUAAAAAGCUUUGGAAUGGUUCCUACUACAAUUUUGACUGCAGCAGUAGCAUUUAUCAUGACAGCAUCAUGGCAGACCAGCUUGCCGGUUACUGGUUUCUUAAAGCAUCAAAUUUACCUGAUGAAAAGAUAUUUCCAUCAGAGAAUGUGAAGACAACACUUUUAACCAUUUUUGACAAGAAUGUCAUGGGCUUUCAAAAAGGUUACAUGGGUGCUAUCAACAGCACUCGUCCCAAUGGGAAAAUGGAUCCAAGUUCACCUCAGACAGAGGAAUUUUGGGUUGGGAUUACUUAUGCAUUGGCUGCAACUAUGAUCCAAGAGGGUUUGAUUGAAGAAGGGUUUCACACUGCCUCCGGAGCUUACCAUAUAUGUUGGAACGUCCUAGGGUUACAUUUCCAGACUCCAGAGGCAUACACCAUCAACCAGGGCUACCGUUCUCUUGCAUAUAUGAGGCCUCUUGCCAUUUGGGCUAUCCAGUGGGCAUUAGAAAAGUUCCACCCCAAUAUGCUGGCCGCCGUCAAGGUGGAGACUGAUGACACAUUUCAGAGUUCCAUGUGUGAGACACUCGUGAGCUCAAUGUAUGAUAGCAGAAUUGAGAAUGAGGAGACCUUUCCCAGCUUCUGGAGUGAAAGUAAGAUGGAUGUGGAGAAAGACAAGGAGUUGACAGAACAGAAAAUAUGGCAGUAAAAUGUGCUGUAAUUAGUGUUUGGUUCACUGAAUGCAAGAAUUCUAUUUUUACAAAGUAAUUAUUUUUCUGUUGUAAUUAGCUUGCCUAGGUCUCAACAGCAUUGGCUUUUGUUUCUUAGUUUAUACCUCUGAAAUUGUAUUUCAACACGUUUCAAUUUUGAAAUUGUAUUAACAUAAACAAAAAACAUGCACAUCUAAAGACUUAAAUUGAAUCAUUUUAGUUGAAUAAUAAUAUAUAAACGCAUUCUUUAUUAUUAAUUUUAAUUUACGAUUUUCUAUUAUUAAUUUUUUUACAAUCAAAUUUUUUAUUUUAUCUUGGUAUUUUAUACAAUUUAUUAAGAAGUAUUUGUGGAAUCAGCUUAUUCUGUUAUUUAAUCAAAUAUUUUCAUGAGAUAUUUGUGCUUACGUAUAUUCCAAUUAGUACUAUGACUGCAUUUAAAUAUUUCACUCCUAAGACUCAGAGUUCAUAACGUAGCAUAAUUCUUUAAUAGCUUGAAUUUUUGAGCCAUAAUGAUAAUAAAUGGCAUCUUAGAUAUGCCUUUUUCUUGUAGAUCUGUUAGAUGAUUGUUAUAAUAAAUUUACAUUAGUUAGCACAAACAUCCAAACUGAGAAACACUAUUGUCUUUGUUGCAGUAGCAACAUAACUAUAUAUAUAUAUUUAUGACUAGUCAUAGAAGAAGCUGUAUAAAUGUCUAUGCCAGCAUUCUCAACCUUGAAUAUUGUAAUUUAGAGACUGGUUAGCAUUUACUUUAAACAAAUCUCAAACAUCUAUAAGGUUAUUGAAGAAAAUUUAAGUAGAUAUAAGACUGUACUAAAUUCAAGGUCUGGCUGUGUCUUACAAAAGAAAGAAAUAUAAUUACUGACAUAAUAAUUUCUUAAAAAGCCACAAGCUAUACGUUCGUCAAGUUUGAAAUAAAAAAUCCACUUAUGGGGGAAAGGAAAAUAAAACACCAUAAAUUAUUAAUAAAUAGAUGCUAUAAAUUGAGUAUAAGACAUCUUUAUUACAAUUGAUCGUAUGAUUUUAGUAUAAAACUACAAAUAUUUACAUAAAAGAUUACAUUUACUUUGUAUGUGUGUUUGUCAUUACUGGUUUUCUUUCCAAGCCUAUAUUCUGUGCUGUCUUUAUUGUGAAGUAUUAUUAAUGAAUGUGAUAUCAACUUUUGCUGCCAUCUGGUAAACAUUUUGCUCAAAUAUGCAGGAUGUAAAGUUUUUAUUUGUUGAUUCUUUUUGGCACUAUUUAUAAUUAUAUACAGCACUAGAUGUCUUUCUAAUUUGUUUUUCAUUGCUUCAAAAUGUUCCUUUAUAAAUUUAUAUUGCAUUUUUAAAAAAUACUUUAUUCUCCCAUCCAGUGAAAUAUUAUAGUUUAAAAUUUCAGGUUAGUUUUAUUUUAGAAAUGUUUGUAUAAAAUUUUAUUAAAUAAACUUGUCAGGUUAUAAAAAAUCUUGA